CUAUUCAGCUUUUCGUUUCACGAGCCACUCCAUGGCGAUCCCUUUUGCUUCAGGCGCCGCCAGCAUCGCACCGACAGCUUUGCCACACUUCAGGCGGAUGGCGACAUCGAAAGGCGUCUCGUCCUUCUGCGCAGCGAAGAGACGCAUAUAACGCAGAGCAGCUUGGAUCAUGUACUGAAGCUUACCGCAUUCCACUUCUCCAGUAGGUCGGGGUAUUUCGCUAUCAGCACUUGAACCACUCCUGGGCUGUUUGCCUCUGAGGAAUGAAAGGACAGUCAGAAAUCUCUUUUUCUCCUGCCAUUAUUUUUGUCGGCGGCUGACUGACCUGCUGCGAUGUGAAGGAGAGUGUGUCCCUCCUAGGGAUCAAACACAAAUAGUCACUCCGGCAGUAAGGACGUUGGGCCCUGGUAUGAGAUAGAUACCUUAUCAGUGACAUCCAACAAGUCAGGGGGGGAUCUCCAGCAUCGUCUCCAACAUACUUGUACGGCCGGAUGCUGCCACACGGCAACACGAAUCCUUACAGAAGCCGCACAGUCAAUACACCCUACCUGCUGCCUACCUGCUGCAGAGUGCAGAGGGAUGCGACCAUCCUGUCAGACAGACAACAAUGCCAACCGUCACCCAUGAUGUGCAGCCGUCAAACGUGUUCAUCUUCACCUUGUCCUGAGCUUUCAGAAGGUCCUUUCCGCCCCACUCGAUGAACUUCUUGACAAGAUGAGCUCCACCACCUUCCUUCGCAACGUAAUGGAGUGGUCUCUCGCCAUCCUAGAGACACAGUAUAGAGACAGAAGCGAUAAGUGGAUCAGCCAUAACGGCGAGGAUGACCCUGGACCAUGAAAGCGGUGUUCGCGACGUGAUGGAGUGGCGUCCUGCCAUCCUAGACACCGCAAGAAGGCAGCAGGGAGUCAGCCACAGCAACGAGGAUGACCCUGGACCAUGAUACCAUAUCUUUCAGGUUGAGCAGGUGACGCCGGUUGUGCAGCAGCACCUCGAAGACCUCUACCGUCGCCGGCCUGUAUUUGACCCCACUGUGACCUGAGAAGCAGAUAGGAGCUUCGCGUCUCCACAUGAAAAUGGCGUGAGACGACGAUGCAUACCUGCAGCCAGGUGGAUGGUAGAUCCGGAUCCCCAACCGGUCGUCAGGAUUCUCUCCGCUUCAUCAGGCGGCAGACUGGCAAGAUCCUUCCGCAGCUGCUCCAGCUCUGCUGCGUCUGCGUGGCCAAAGACUGCCUUUCCGAUCCUGCCGCUGAGUGAAUUGGUCGCCUCGUCUUCCUCAACGGCAGGGGCACCCACCAGGGGGACCUGCGGAUCAAGUGGCACAAGUGACGGCACUCAUGAAGUGCUCGAGAACUGGAUGGACCUCUUCGAGCCGUCUCGGGGCAGGGGGGACCUCAUCCUCGACAUCAGCCAGCUGCAACUCCACGUGCCCCUUUUCCUUGUCCAGCAGAAGGGGAAUGUUGUCACUCGAGGCCGACGCCGCCCGACGGGACAUCUCAGCCAUCUGCAAUGGAAAGGACGUGAGAGGAGGAUGUAGAGAUGCAAGAGCAAUACAAGCCGACCUUCUCUCUCUCUGGCUGUCCGUGAGCGAUGGCCUCCUUCUCUCCAUCCUCCACUGUCGACAGCUGGACGUAGCCGGGGUCAUCAGCGGAUGGGCGACUGUUUCCGUUGCUCAAGCUGCUGCCUUGCGGCCUCCAGACGCCCAGCAUUCUUUCUGCAACGCUACU